AUGCAGGCGAUUAGUAAACGGCCGUUGGAAGGAAAAUGGGGAGAGAUCACGGAUUUUCAUUUGGGCGUGAAACACGCCCUGUGGGAAUUCAAUCCGGGAAGGUGCUACUUGCCGGGGUUUUUCGAGAACUACGCCCAGCAAAUUCUGGAUGCUCCAGUUCGGGAAGACGACGUCUGGUUGAUAAGCUAUCCUAGAACAGGUUCAACGUGGUGUCAAGAAAUAGUGUGGUUACUGGGGAAUAAUAUGGAUUUUCAGAAAGCGGAAUCCACUUUACAGCAAAUAAGAGCUCCUUUAAUUGAGAUGUCUGUGGCUCUAUACGAGUACGCAGAUCAAUUCAAAAACGUAUUCACAAACUCUGUUGAUUUCGUAAAUAAACUACCGUCUCCAAGAUUUCUGAAAAGCCAUUUACCCUUCCAAUUGCUACCCAAGGAUUUGCAGAAAAUAAUUUACUUGAUGAGAAACCCCAAAGACACCUGCGUCUCGCUGUUCUACCACUGCAGGCUCCUGCACGGCUUCGACGUGGACUUCGACACCUUCUGCGAGCUGUUCCUCGACGGCGCCGUCAUCUACGGGGACCUCCUGGACCACUGCCUGGAGUUCUGGAGCAGGCGCAACGAGGAGCACCUUCUGAUCCUGCGGUACGAGGAUUUGAAGGUCGACACCAAGAGUUGCGUGAAGCUCAUCGCGGAUUUCAUGGGGAAGAGCGCGUCCGAUAAGGAAGUGGAAGAGUUGGUUGAUUAUAUAGGGUUUUCGAAAAUGAGGCGGAACAGGUCCUGCAACGCGGAGGUGCUGUUGAACGGGAAAGGGGGAAGGAAGUAUUUCGAUGAAAUGGGCUGUCAUUUUAUCAGGAAGGGUGAAAUCGGGGAUUGGAAGAAUCACAUGUCGCCGGAUAUCGUUGGAAAAUUCGAUGAAUGGAUUGAGAGAAAAACUUAUGGAACUGGACUGAUUCUUUGA